AUGGAACGUUAUGUAAAUUAUCACUCAAUCAAUUGCCAGGUUGCUUGUGAUCAUAAUUUGAUGAUUCGAAGCACGAUUGUACGUUGGCCCGGUUCGACACAUGAUGCCUUCAUUCUUGGACAAUCAAGUAUUGCAGCAUCAUUGUCGAAUGGUAUUUAUGGUGAUGGUUGGCUGUUAGGAGACAGUGGUUAUCCGCUACGAGCCUGGCUGCUAACUCCUUUUAACGAUCCAACUACAGCAGCACAAAGGCGAUACAAUCGAGCACUGAAAUCUGCACGGUCGACAAUUGAACGUGCUUUUGGAGUACUGAAAGCGCGAUUUUGCUGCUUAGAUAGAUCGGGUGGUGGUCUUCAGUUUACACCAGAACGAUGUGUCAAAAUAAUAUUGUCAUGCAUGUACUUGCGUAAUUUAGCACGUCGAUUACAAUUAGAGGAUGAUGAUGAAGAAAAAAUAAGACAAAUUUUGCUUGAUGAAUUUGACGAUGGUGUAAAUACUCAAGAAGUUCCCACAGGAACACGAGUUCGUGAUAGUGUUGUACAAAACUAUUUUUCGAAGUAA